AUGGAUUUCCAUGCUGCGGUCAAGGUGGGCCAGCAUACGCCAGACUUUACCACACUACAAAUGCUUAGCCCGCUCCAAACCUACUCUCCGCAGAUUAUUGAUGGUCCUUAUCCCUUUUCCGCCGGUUCAGAAUCAAAUAGUGCCCACUUUACAGCACACCCCAUGGAGAAGCAAUACGCACAACCAAGCCGGCUGACGCCACGCACACCAGAGACGUUCGCCUAUGUCGGUCCUCUACCUGUAUCGGAUAGUUUCGAACAGUAUGCAAGCAACCAAUGCUGGCCUCAACCAGAACAGAUACCUAUUGGGCUCGGAUUUGAAGGUGAUGGCUCAGGGCUUUUGCCACUGGAUACCAGCAUGCGCGUGUGGAGGCCGCACUACACAGCACAACCCGCGCCAGUACCGCCAACGCCCCAGUAUCUCUCCGCAGUGUCCGACUCGCCCGAAACUGCUACCAUCUGGCCAACGCCAAUCACAUCCGUCUCUCCCUCACAGCCGCCUCACUCGCGAGCUGUGCCGUCUUUAUCCUUGAGUGAGUGCUCUGUACAAGAAUCAGAGUCUCCGCAUGAAACGCAAGACGAAUGGCCUUGUUUUCAGGAACCACAGCAUGAUGGGUUCAAUUCGACACCGGUAACCUCAACUCCGUACCUUGACAGCAUCAAGAACUUACCAAUGGUCCCAACGGAGUGGGAUGGUGCUAUGACGUCCGCACGCUCGUCAUCGUUUUAA